AUGUCCCAAUUCGUAGAGGCUGCGCCUCUUUCUGUGGAAGUGACCUCGUUCCGUGCUCCUUUCGAUGCCACAGAUGCAGAUUUGAUCAUUCAUACGUCAGAUGACGCCAAGUUCGCUGUCCACAAGAUCUUCCUCACUGUUGCGUCUCCACUUUUGAAGCGCUUCCUCUUCUCAGGGUCGUCCUCUCCAUGUCCGCCGUUUGAAGGGCUCGUCCUUAGGCGUGACGGUGAUCGCGCCACAAUUCAACUCGAGGAAGAUGCUCGGACAACCGAGAGGGUGCUGCAAUAUUGCUACCCCUUCUCCAAUCCUGUAUUUAGCAACCUAAACGAUGUGCAGACCGUCUUGGAGAUGAUGAGAAAGUUCGGGAUGAAGGGGUUGAUGAACAGAGUUAAGGGUUCGCUUGUACAGCAAGCGUUUCUGGACGAACAGCCGCUGCGCGUGUUCGCCAUCGCAUACCGUUAUGGCCUGGAGGAUGAAGCACGUACAGCCGCAAAGCAUACACUCCGCCAGCCCUUCUUCGCUCCCUACGUGGAAGAGCUGGAACACAUCCCCGCCUCUGUCUACCAUCGCCUCCUCCAGUACCACCGAAAGUGCAGUAUCGCUACAUGCUCGCUGACCGCCGACUUCUCCUGGUUUCCUGGCUUCGCAUCACGCUGGGUGUGGUUCCAAUGCGACGAUUGCGUUCAUCACCCUCUAUCGUGGCCUCUUUCUGAUGGGAAGAUAUAUGAAGUAAAUGCAUGGUUUAUCGAGUUCAUGGAGCGCACCAGGAACGUUCUUCGUGAGCGCCCUUGUGCCAAGGCCGUCACAGAUCCGUUCUUGAUCGCGGAAUGUCUGGAAGCAGCAUCCGGCUGCCUCACAUGUCGACCGGCUGCCUUCCUAGAUCUCAGCGUGUUCGUUGGGGAACACUUCGCUGUGGAGGUUGGAAGGGCGAUUGAUACCGUGGAGCUUGAUAUCCCAUUCUAG